AUGUCCUCUAGCCCACGCGCUACUCGAUCCACUGCCAGGAAGCAGGAAGAACUGGAUAGUGGGCCGACGACAAGGGCUGGCAAGUCGCGGGAUCAGAAGUCAGUGAAGUCAACUAAGUCACCCGCGGCGAGCAAGAAAUCGACCUUGGCAGCAAACAAAAAAUCCGCGACAGCAAGGAAGAAGUCCGACAAGGGGGCAGGCGAAGGCGACGGCGGCGAAGGGUGGUCAACGACGCAGCAGAAGCAGCUGGAUGAGCUGCUGAAACGCAAGGCGGCGUUGCAGAAGGAGCAGGACGAUGAGCAGCGGGAAGACACUCGCAAGCGUGCGGCCGCUUUGGCCAUCGAAGAGCAAGCUUCCGAGGACGAAGACCCGCAGCCCGUGCGCAAGAAGAAAAAGGUGCUCCUACCGGCUUCGGAGUCGGACGAUGACCACAAUCAUGAUAGCGGCAAUGGAGGCGAAGGUGAGGAAGCAGGUCAGGAUGACCGAGAGCAGGAGCGCAGCGAUGGCGAUAUCGCAAUGCAGCAGCCUGCGCCGGCUCCAUCUCGUCCUAAACCCAGGCCAGCCUACAGGGGUGCGGGCACGGGCAAGCUCACGGGGGGAGAGCAGGUGAUCGCAGAGAAAUUCGAUGUUGUUCAGACAAGCAACAGAAAUCAGAAGAAGUCGGUGGAGAUGGACAGCGCGCACGGCGAUGAGGAAGGCAGUGACGAGGAGUUAUCGCAGAAGAAGGCGGCUUCAGGGAAGAAGGCGGCUCCAGCGAAGAAGGCAGGUGGCGCUGCAACUCAGACCAGCAAGACAGCGUCCUCGAAGGGCAAGGCACGAGCCUCAAAACAGGAUUCGUCGGACGAAGAUGAUGAUGAAUGGGCGAAGGCCAAACACUCAAGCAGCUCGGAGGCUGGGAGCGAUGAUGGAAGGGGGUCAAGCUCGGAUGAGGACGAUGUCAUAGAGAUGCCGCAGAAGAACGUGAAGAAGGCGCGUACCUCGCAGAAGACCAACCCGAAGCCCCGUGUCCGCGUGAAAGUUGCCGACCUGGCCGUCGACAUGAAGCCGUUGGUCGCCAUGGCGCAGAACUGCCUACGCAAUAUACUGGCUCUCAGCACCGCGUGGACGUCGGACACGACAAUCACGAGCUCCCGCCUCGUGAUGAAUGAAGAGCUCGUCGGGGAUGCCCUGAGAGCUGCGCGCGACUCCGUGGACAAGGACGGCAAGAAGAUGGUGACGGUACGCACUGCAUACAGGAUGUUGAGACGUGGGGAAAGCCCGGAGAAUCACGCCCAGCGCAAGCAGGUCAAGGAUUUGAUUUGGACCAUCGCCUCGCAGCUUCGCAACGAGGUGAAAAGAAAGGCGAAGGUCAUCGUCGAGCACGCGUACCGCUUGAACGUCGUGCAGGGCCACAAGCGGACUCAACUUGCGACCUGGCUAUUGACGACGCAUGCCAUGAAGGUGAGGGGUGGCAAGCGAGGCAUCCCGAAUUUUGUGUUCGGGGACAUCCAGGUUGUUUGGGACGACAAGGAUAACAUCAGCAAGGAGAAAUCGCACGUCAAGGCUGAUACACCUUUCCGACACCCCGCGAUCGCCGAGAUCAUCGCACAGCAGUGGUUCAUGGGCCAUGCCAAGGCAACCACGCCGACGGAGGAGUUCAGCAAGGUCCCAGACAACCUAAUUGCGUUAGUGUGCAACUCCAUUGAACUUGGCUUGAGGGAAGUCGCGACGAACACGGCUGUGUCGUUCUCAAACAAGGUGUUCGCACCCAAAUGGGACGACCUGAUGUCCAUCCUGGAGGCUAUGGAGCACAACGCGCCCGACUACUACAAGGUUACGAAGAGGCAGCUGUGGGAGAGCAUAAGGGCGAGAGCGGAGAGCGGCGGUGACAUCAAGACCAAGGAUAGUGAUGACGAAGAUGGCACCUUCGUCAACUGGUCAAAGCUCCAAACCGUCGCACUUGAAGCCGAGGAACCUGCGGAUCAACAUGACGCUGGCGCUUCUGGCAGCGGAGCGAAGACAAACCCCGCAUCCGCCAGCACGUCGCGGAGGAAGCCUUCGUCCAGUGGUGCGACAAAGAAGACGACGGGGCACACGGGCAAGCCGUCAUCUACAUCGGCCGUUCCUGCGGCAACAAGUGCCCCGAGCUCACCUUCCAGGGCGAAGGCGAGUUCCUCGAAAGGGAAGGCCGUUGGCGAGGUCGCAGAGCCAGACGCCGCUUCAGAUGAUGACGACGGUGAUGGACGGGUCACGGACGACGGACGCGCACCAGGAGCUGAGGAGCUCGACCAGUUGGAUGAGACCGAGGUCGCUGCCUGA